AACUCCACAUUGUCUCCAGUUUAGGUUACGGCAUAAAGCAUAACUAGUAGAAACCUAGGUUUACACCUGAUAAACGACGUAGUUUCAGCUAUCAUCCGCGAACCUCAAACCUAAAAAAAACUGUCUACAAAAGCACGCGUAAGAGGAAAGCAAAUCGAAGCUAAGUAAAAGCAAUGGCGGGCGACAACGAACCGGCGAAGCUACUGUUACCGUAUCUGCAACGAGCCGAUGAGCUACAAAAACACGAACAUUUAGUUGCUUAUUACUGUCGAUUAUAUGCAAUGGAGAAAGGAUUAAGGAUUCCGCAAAGCGAGCGGACUAAAACCACUAAUGCUCUACUUAUUUCCCUUAUGAAUCAGCUUGAAAAGGACAAGAAGUCACUGAACUUGGGACCUGAAAAUAAUUUGCAUGUGGAGGGAUUUGCUUUAAAUGUUUUUGGAAAGGCAGACAAGCAAGAUCGAGCCGGACGAGCAGAUUUGAAUACUGCAAAAACAUUUUAUGCGGCGAGCAUUUUCUUUGAGAUUUUAAACCAGUUUGGUCCUCUUUUACCAGAUCUUGAGCAGAAACAGAAGUAUGCAGUUUGGAAAGCUGCAGAUAUAAGGAAAGCGUUGAAAGAAGGAAGGAAGCCCAAUCCAGGUCCUCCUUCUGGUGAUGAUGAUUUAUCAAUUCCAUCAAGUACAAGUGGCGGAGGCUAUGAUGUUGGGACUACUGAGACAAGAGCUACUAGUCAUCGACCAGAAUCUGAUAACCAGUCUCCGCACUUCAAUGAUCAAGUGGAUCGCCAUUCUACAGGUACGCCACCAUCAGCUAUGUUUCAUGAGAGGACGAACAACCACAAUUCUGCUCACAUGGGUUCACAGCCUUCGUUUCAUGACCCGGUAAACAACCACCAUUCUGCAAGCAUCCCGCCAACUCCACCAGCUUACCCUUCUGGUGGUUAUUCUUCCCAUGAUUUUCAUCCACCACCUCCAUCAAGUAGCUCAGAAGAAUCUCCAUAUUCUCAGCCAUAUCAUCAGCCCUACACACAAGAACCUCCUCAACAGCAUGUACCACAUAAUUAUCCAUCCAACGAAAUGCCCUCCUCCUACUCACUUCCCAAUUUCCAGUCUUAUCCCGGUUUCACAGAGAGCAGUCUUCCAUCAGUGCCAACACAUUAUCCUUCGUAUUAUCAAGGUUCUGAAUCUCCUCAUGCUCCACAAUCGGCUCCUCCAAGCAACUAUCCAUCGACUGCCCAGUACAGUUCAAGCAGUAGAAAUGGAACCAAUUUGGAUCCUGCCCCACCUGCCACUCAAGCAUAUCAGUAUGACAGCAAUUACCAGCCUCCACCUGAGAAAAUUGCAGAGGCACACAAAGCUGCUAGAUUUGCAGUCGGAGCAUUGGCAUUUGAUGACGUGUCAAUUGCAGUGGAACACUUGAAAAAAUCCCUUGAAUUGCUGACCAACCCAUCAUCUAGUCAGUAAGUUAUUUUAUCUUUUUUUUCUCAAUUCCAAUUAAAGUCAGAUUCCAGUUAUGUUUCUAUCAAUUUGGUUUUGGCUUUUGAAUCGUGUAUUAUGUAAAUUGAGUAUAUAUAUCUGUACAAAAAGAGUUGAAGUUGGUCAUGUUGACAUACUGAACGAAUGAAGUUAUUGAUAUUCCUCCGAA